UGAAAUAUCAGGAAAGAAGUUUGUUCCGGCUGGAGGGUUUAUUGAUGGCAAAGGGUACGAUAGUGAUGACGAUGACAAUGAUAAGGGAUUCUUGUUGCCGUUAUUGGUUUUUCUUUUGCUUAUGUUUUUGGUGUAUAACUUUGCCAAGGGCAAGGUGGCAUUUCCAAAGCACAGAAGGUUCAACCAAGCCAAAAAGCUAUUUUUUGAAAUGAUUCUGAAAGUCCCUGGUUUAAACAAUGUGUUGGAAGCCCAACUUCGCUAUAAUGAGCUCAAUCGCAACGAUAUGGAUAUAACCUUGGAAGAAGGAGCAUUGGGGUCCUCACAAUCUAGCCCGAACCUUACCCAACUUAGAACCCGAUCAGCUAUUAAUUUGAGCGAAGGAGAUAACUUUGCUGAAGGUACCAUUAACCCUCAGACAAACUUUUUGAAUAAACCGUUUGCUAUGCCUAAAAAGAGCCCAUUUUUCCAAUCCCAAAAUAACAGUAGAGAGUCUCUCCAAAGAAGCGUGAGCAAUAUGUCGGUACAAAAAUCUCGGAAUAUAGAUUGAGAAAAUUACAAAGACACCUACUUUUGUUUGAUUUGACUAAUUCAACUGAGAGGAUUAAACCAGAGAUAGACACUCACUUUAGCUAUAUUUGACUACUGCUAUCUAUGUUAUUCUUGCGGUUAUUUACUUGUUUGACUUGUUUACUGACGGUUCAGUAUAUCACUGCUUUGCCUGUGUUGAAGCCACAAAGCGAAAUGAGAUUGGCUCCAAGAGACUCGGUCGAGUUUGUUCUUGGAGGCGAAGAUAUUGCCAAAGCCGCCAAGUAUGCGCGUUACAAGAUUCCUGAAGUAGCUCAUGAGUGGAAGGACUCAUUUAAAACCAAGCUUGCUAAUAAGUUGUUAAACACAGGCAAAAACGAGCCCGACAUUGCACAGAAGCACACCAUUAUUAACUCAGAUUUAAUAGAACUCUUGGAAGAUGGCCAAUACCGUCUCAUCAAACAGAACGGAGACGUUCAAGUUGGUGAUAUGGAAGAUGAACCACCUCGGCGUCCACGGCCAAAGAGUCUUAAGACCAACCCCAAGGAUCUUGGCAUCAAGAAUCAUCAAGCAUUCAAGCAAAAAACUACUUACCAGGACCCAUUUGAAGCAUAAUGCUAGCCAUUCAUAGGUAUAACUACAUAGAUAUAAUAUAUUUGCAACCAAUUGA